UGUGAUGACUCGAAGGUAGUAUGAGUUAGUCAGUUGUCGCAAGUCAAAUACCUCUCGAGAUCAGAAUUCCUGACUCCUUAAUCGACUAACAAUCAUGGCCGAAUCUGUCAAGAACGCAGUGGAGGCUGUGGUUAGCAGUGUCACAGGAAAUACUGGCGAGUCUGCUGCUGAAGGUGCUCCCAAGCUACUGCUCGACGAGGUUACAGGGGAGCGUGUCUCCAAGAGUGAAUUGAAGAAGAGACAGAAGCAGCGGGAGAACGAAAAGAAGAAGGCUGAGAAGGCUGCUACUGCCCCACCAAAGCCUGCUGCUAAGAAAGCUGCUGGCGCCGUCAAUGAGGCAGACCUGAACCCGAAUCAAUAUUUCGAAAUCAGAAGUCGGACGAUCAACAAGCUGCGCGAGUCACACGAGCCCAAUCCCUACCCACACGAAGUCGAUGUUCGCAACCAAGACCUCUUCGACUUUUACAGCACUUUCGGGGAAUCCACCAAGGCAGCAAGCUAUACUCCCGAGGCAGGGCGCUCCUUGUUCGUUCAACGCGUACAGGGUUAUGAAAAAUGUACCUCGAUCAGCCCGGAAGAUGCGGCCGCGAAGGCAAAAGCUGGCGGAUUGGCCGUAGACCACCCCAACAAGAGCCUACUUCCAGCGUUAGAGGCUGCAGCUGGCGCGAUCCAGGCACCUCUGAGGUUCAUCAAAGCAGCCAAGGUUUCUAGUGGACAACGAGGAGAGCACAAAUACUUAGUAUCACUUGAUGCAGGCAAGAAGGUCAAGAAGAGUGGUCUCAUUUUUGACGUGAAGCCUGGCAACCAGCAGGGGUCUCUCAAGCUUGUUAGAGAAGAGACGGAGUCAGAAAAGAAGAGAAGAGAGGCCAUCGAGAAGAAGCGCAAGGAGGCCCUUGAGAAAAAGGCAGCCAUCGCGAAGAAUAGGCAGAAGGAGGAUGAGAAGACCGAGGCACCCGAAGAAGUUGCGGAACCGGACAGUACCCCUGCAGAAUAUUGGGAGGUUGUGGAUGUUGAUGGCGACAAGCCUGUAGAAUUCUACAAGCUCAUCACACUUGAGAAGCUCCAAUCAGCGUUCCCAGUUCAGACAUACAUUCACAGUAGCGAGGUAUUAAACGGACAUGACUCGAUAUUAAGAGAUGCACAAGGCGAGACCGUCCUGGAGAAUGUGAGCUCAUCAUGGCACCCAGUGUUGCGCGCUCCGAAGGAAAUGCGCAUCGGCGCCAGAAUCUAUACCAUGAGAUCAGCUGGUUCCAACCUAGUCUUCUACGACAUCCGCUCUCAAGGAAUUCAAGUCCAAGUCAUGUGUCAGAAGGAAUUCGCCAAGGGUGACUUCGCCAAGCAACAUGAACACUUGCGACGAGGCGAUAUCGUUGAGAUCAUCGGGUACCCUGGGAGGACGAAUCCUGCCAGUAGACAGACUGAGGAAGGUGAAUUAAGCAUAUUCGCAACUGAGGUCAGGCUUCUUUCGCCUUGUCUGCAUCUCCUCCCUGGAACUCGCAAGGACAGCAAAUUCGAAGACAUGGAAGAGCGCCACCGACGUAAGCACCUUGAUCUAAUUAUGAACGAUAAUGUCCGACAGACUUUCAUCACUCGGGCAAGAAUGGUCACAUACAUCCGCAAGUACUUCGACGAGCAUGGUUUUAUUGAGGUCGAGACCCCAAUGAUGAACCAGAUCGCUGGUGGCGCUACAGCUCGACCUUUCAAGACUUUCCACAACGACUUGGACCAGGAUUUGUACAUGCGUGUCGCUCCGGAGCUAUACCUCAAGCAAUUGAUCGUUGGGGGUAUGGAACGAGUGUACGAGAUAGGCCGUCAGUUCCGUAACGAAGGCAUUGAUCUUACUCACAACCCCGAGUUCACCACCAUUGAAUUCUACGAAGCCUUCGCUGACUACAACGUGAUGAUGCGUCGAACAGAGGAACUCGUAUCUUCGCUGGUCAAGUAUAUCACUGGCGGCUAUGUUACCAAGUUUGUUACUCAACACGGGGAAGAAUAUACUGUCAACUGGGAAGCUCCGUGGAAGAAAGUGCAUAUGAUCAAGACUCUCGAGGAGAAGCUAGAUGUUCAAUUUCCUCCUGGAGAAACGCUACAUGACAAGAACACCAAUGAUUUUCUCAGAGGCGUUAUCAAGAAGGCUGGUCUUGAGUGUACCCCGCCACUAACGAAUGCUCGCAUGCUCGAUGCUUUGGUGGGUGAGUACAUUGAGGAAGAUUGCAUCAACCCAACUUUCAUCAUGGGUCACCCACAGAUGAUGUCGCCGCUGGCCAAAUACCAUCGAUCCGAGAAAGGGCUCUGCGAACGCUUCGAGGCGUUUGUUUGCAAAAAAGAGAUUGUGAAUGCUUAUACGGAGUUAAACGAUCCUUUUGACCAGAGAUUAAGAUUCGAGGAGCAAGCAAACCAGAAGGACCAAGGAGAUGAUGAAGCACAAUUGAUCGAUGAGACUUUCUGCGAGUCUCUAGAAUACGGUCUCCCGCCAACAGGAGGUUUUGGCAUGGGUAUUGACCGACUGGUUAUGUUCUUGACGAAUCACUACAGCAUCAAGGAAGUCUUAACCUUCCCAAUGAUGAGGCCGAUCGACAAUACUGCUCCAAAGGCAGCAGAGAUCACUAAUAUUGUGCCUGUUCCGACCGAAGGCAUCCCCCACAAAUAGAACCUUGGGUAGUAUCUGACACCGGAUUGAUGAAAUCCCAAGUAUUCGCAACGAAUUGUUAAGUAUAAUGGCCAGAUCCACGGAUUAUGCGCCCUUGAGCAGGUACAAAGAUAGUGAAUCACUGUACGCGAAUAGAAAAAUGCGAACCUUCAAGCCAUAAACGACGUCUUUGACUGACGUCUUUACAAAGUCGGAAUUAUUAUACUAAGAAGUUUGAUGCUGCUCCAAUGUCUCUUCAUCCUUAUAUGAUCGCGAUUCCGGACAUCUCACGAAAACUUUAAAGUUCUAUAAAGCUCGACUAGUAUCUGUGAGCUCGUUAGCACAGCAGUUCACAGUGCUGGGCCUAUCUGGGCUUAGAUACAAUUCAAUCAUACGACCAGAGGUUCAUCGAAUACAGCAACACUCAUGUACACCUAUCGGGAAUUUUUUGAAAUCAACAGAACCUCUAGCACGGAAGAAUAGG